AGAAGUCCUAACCACAAGCCCAAAUCUGAAGUUCAUCCAAACCGGCCCACGGAUCCCAACUCCCGGAACGUCAUAAACAGUCUCCUGCAUCCACCCCGGGAUAUUGUUGCGAAUCCAAUUACAGAGAGAAGAAGAAAAAAUGGGGAGGAAGAAGGGAGUAGCAGAGUUCGAAGAGACGGCGCCGGAUGACUUCGAUCCGGCGCAUCCGUACAAGGAUCCGGUGGCGAUGCUGGAAAUGAGGGAGCAUCUGGUUAGGGAGAAGUGGAUUAACAUUGAGAAGUCGAAGAUCCUGAGGGAGAAACUCAGAUGGUGCUACCGCAUCGAAGGCGUCAAUCACUACCAGAAAUGCCGCCACCUCGUUGAACAGUAUCUAGACUCAACUCGCGGCAUCGGCUGGGGCAAGGACGGCCGCCAUCCUUCUCUCCAUGGGCCAAAGCCUCAGCCUGCUGAAUCCGAAUGAUUCUUGCCACUGCCUCUGCUAUCUGAGGUGAAUGAAUUAGGAUUUCAAAUAUGAAGUGGAAGCAAAAUUCGAGCCUGCCUAAGCAUCUUUGAUGAUUCGUGUUAUUUAAACUUCCUAUCAUAAGGAGCUUUCUUUUUUCCUUUUAUGCACAGAAGCUGCUUGUUCCAGGCAUUAACCUUUGUUCUUUUGACCUUUAUUCCUAGAUCACUGCCUGUUAUUUCCGUAUAUGCAAUGAAAGGAAAUGCCUUUACCGAGUGGAAUAAAUUUUUUCAGCAAUGCUUGAGCUACUUUCAUGCUGAUUAUGAA